ACAUUAACACGUUUUUUUAUAACACGGGAGAUAUCAAAAAUUUUAUCAUUGAUUUCUGAUUAAGAAACCAUUAAUGGUUCAAUAAGUUUUUAGUUAGUCAUCGAAAAAGGGGUUAAAAUUAAUUUUUCACUGCCAGAAAAGUAAAAAUAAGAAAUUUUUGACUGAAAAAGGAUUGAAUAGGUGCAAAAUGAUCAAAUUCACAAUUUUCCUGUCGCUCGUUUGUCUAGCGAUCGCUCAGGAAAAUGCGCAAAGUCGGAUUCCGCGUUCUUUGGAAGAGUGUUACCGCAAUCGCGAUCUUUAUCAGCGUGACAAUCGACUUCCAAUGACAAUCAACACCCUCAUUGAGCUCAUUAAGAAGGUCGAAGAUACCCCGGGAUUGAAUAUGGAUAUGCGUGAAGUGGCUCUCAGUUUGGUGCAUCGAUUCAAACAGGAUGGCAUUGAAAAAGCGAAGAAUAUUGAUCCAUCGCCGUUGAUUAUUCCUUACAGUCCGGUUGGAUUUCAGUUCUUCAAACAUCGGAUUUUGUUGAAAUUGUUGCCGGGAAAUGCGUUGCGGUUCCCCAAUGAGACUUUGACGAUGGAAGAGCAUUGCACGUUGCAUUUUAUGCUGUCGACGUCGAUUGACACGGAAAUUCGUGGUGACGAGUCGAUGAGAUGCAGCUCGUUGGCGCAAUAUCGCGUGAAUCGCAUUCCAAGAGGCGUGGAUGAGGACGUCGAAAUGGUGUUUGAAACGAAAUCUGGAAAGAAAAAAGGUGAAUUGUUAGCGUUGAAAGACAAGGAAGACGAUGAUUACGACGACGAUUACGAAGCUAAGCCAACUUUGGGUCGUUCUGAUGUCUUUGGCGUUGAAGUUGACGAAAAUAUGGUCUCACAAUGUCCGAUUGAGAACGGAGUUUUACGCAGCAAAUGGGGUGCUGUCAGUGCCGGAACACUCCUUAGCGGCAUCGCUGCUGGAUUAAUUCCGCAACAAGUUCGUUCCUCAGAUUUGAUGCCUCGAAUGCGCGCAAACAACAAAGCAGGACGUCGUACAAGACGCCAAACGCAACGAAUUAUCGACAAUCGAUGGGCAGCAACGCUCGCCGGUGAUUUAACUGAAGUUGCAUUACGUCAAGGACCAAAUAAGGCGAAACAGACUCAAGUUGGAGCGAAAGGAGCGUGGAAUAGCACGACAUUGCCUCGAUGGUACUUUUUGUCGCAACGUGAUCGUUUCGAGAUGACUGACGCCGAAAUUCGCGGAGGCUUGGAUGGAUUGAUUAUCGGGCAGAAAAUCAAGCAAUGGAGCGAUUCCGUGAGUCAAUUGCGACUUAGCCAGAUUCUUGACAUGUAUUACUCACAGCGAGGAAUUUUCAGUGGAGAAGAGAAAGCUUGCAAACGUAAAGAUUUGUUUGAGCAAGUCGCACCCAAGAAUGAUUUGAAACAACAAACUGCAGCAUUUUCCACUGUUAUGGACAAUGACAUUAGUUAUGUGACACUUAAUGAUGAGGCUUUUGAUCAAUUUUCGUCAAAUGCGGUUGAUGCCUUGUACAAUACAUUCGUAACACAAUCCCUUUCCGAUCCAUCUUGCGAUGCAACUCUCCGUGACGUGAAUGACCACAGUUCAUUGCGUGCCUUAACGGAUCUUUUCAUUUUUGUCGACACCCAAUACGACUUCCAAAGCAUUCAACCCGUUAUUGGUGACAUCCUUCAGAACAUCGACCUCGGAUUUGGAACCAACUAUACAAUUUUGACUGCCAGCCAAGGAGAUGUUCUCGUAAAUUCCUCCACGAGCACAGCUUCGUUCUUGCAAUGGAAUCAAACUGUCCAUGAUUUAUAUCCCAAAGGACUUAACUUACCAAGAGUUUUGGAAAAAUUACGUCAACUCGCCGGAAACACCUUAAACUGGGAAAAAUCAACCUCAAACAUGGGCGGUCGUUCAAAACUCGCCUUAAUUGUCGUUCAAAUGUCGGGUGUGAGCGAUGCCGAACGUCAAAAUGCCUUGGAACAAUUGGAAGUCUUACGAGAUGUUGUUCCCGACUUACGAAUUAUGUUCCUCGCCAACGGAUCUCCAUCACGUUUUGAGCAAUUCGUCAAAGAUCGCAAAGACGAUUUAUUCCAAUUGAACAUCAAUUCCGGUGUGGGAACAGAAAUUCAAACACAAACACUGCCUGUUAUCACGAGAAUCCAAAAAUUACCGCGACGACUCGUGAACCACAGAUGCGGUGCAGAAUGGAAUGGCGAUCACGGAAAUAAUAAUUUAAAUCAAUUUAUCGAACCAAAUAGUGUCAUUUACUACCGCCUUGCUCCAAACUACUUCUAUCGCCAAAAUGACGCGCGAAAAAUAAAAAUCCAAAAUAUGGGAUAUGCUUCUUUGGCUGUUUGUCAUUCACGAACUGUCGAAUUUCCAAGACAAAACUCUUCCACGAGUCAAGGAGACGUCACGUGUCGCAAUAUCAAUAUGGAUACCGUUGAAAUUCCUCUCCCCAAUCCGUGUGACGGUCAAUAUUACAUCCACACAUGCAAUCCAGUCUAUGUUUCCGUCGAAUAUCAUCAAGCAGCGCCAACCAGUAACUUUAGAUGCAACGAACUUUCAUGCCGAACGCCAGACAGCGCGAAAUUCGUCAUUCACGGAGAACAAUUGGGAUGUUACAGUGGAGUUGGACAAGUUUUGGCUUCCAUUUCGCUCGUGCUCUUGUCUAUUUACACAAGUCUAAGACUUUUUUAAGCAUUUAUUUUUAAAUUUAUCCUAAAAGAAUAGUUUUUUGUUUUAA